AUGACCUCAGUUACCUGGCUCAUUACUGGUUCCUCCAGAGGAUUAGGAUUUGAGCUCGUCAGACAACUUCUUCCCUCACCUGAGAACUUCAUCAUAGCAACAUGCCGCAAUCCAGACAAAGCGGCGGCCCUGCAAGAGCUGAAGGACAAUGCCGGAGGAAAACUUCACCUGGUUGCGCUCGAUACUAACAGCGAGUCAUCUAUCAGGAAUUCAUUUGAGGCCGUUAAAGCCAUUCUCAACGAUAGGGGAGUAGACUACCUAUACAACAAUGCCGGUCUGGACGUUGCAGAUGAGGCAUUCAGCUUCCAGUAUGCGGAUCUACUGCAGAUCCUGCAGACAAAUGUCGCAGGACCCGCACUAAUCGCAGAGGUGUACUUACCGCUAGUCGAGAAAAGUCGACGGAAGACGAUUAUAAAUGUUUCGAGCGGAUUGGGAAGUAUAGGGCAAGAUCGCGGACCGAGUCUGGCUUCGUAUUGCAUAAGCAAAUCGGCCUUGAACAUGCUGACUUACAAGCAAGCAAAAGCCAAGCCCAACAUUACCUCGAUUGCGCUGAGUCCGGGAUGGGUCCAGACGGAUAUGGGCGGACCUGACGCUCCACUCUUACCGCAAGAAAGCGUCGCGUCCGCACUGAAAGUAGUCAAGUCAUUGACCCUCAAAGAUUCUGGUAAAUUUUUGAGCUAUGAUGGUUCCGAGUUGCCAUGGUGA